CCCUAACCCUAGACGCGCCUCCUCCCUCUCCUUGCUCCUCCUUACCAGGCGGCUGAGGGCUGCAGAUCGGCGGCCAUGGCGACCUCUCUUCGCACGGUGACCUCGGCCAUGGCUCUCCGUCCGUCGAUCGCGGGGCCCUCCCUGCACGGCGACGGCGUCCCCAUCCUCUACGCCAUCGGUGCACUACUCGCCAGUCGCUCCCCGUCGAGUGCAACACCAACCGCGCCGCCGCUUCCUCGUCCCCUGGCGAUUGCGCCCCCAUCCUGAGCGCCAUCCGCUCCCUCGUCAGCUCUUCUUCGUCGUCAAGGGAGGGCAACUCCAUCCGUGCCUCCUCUUCUGGCGAUGGCGCCCCCAUCAUGACCGCCAUCCGCUCCCUCGUGAGCUCCUCUUCCUCGUCAAGGGAGGGCAACGCCAUCUUGGCCGCGAAUGUCUCCUCUGCAGGCGAUUGCUCCCCCAUCAUGAGCGUCAUCCGCGCCCUUAUUGGUGCCUCUUCAUUGUCUGUGCUGGGGUCCUUCUCAAUCUACCAAGGGAGUGCAUAUGCAUCAAGGGAACUUGUACCAGUCUAUCAGGGGAGUGCUUACGGCUUCCGAGAGCUUGUACCUGCUUCAUACCGUAGCUUUCACCCUUGCAAGGUUCUUCCUGCGUCUCUGACAUCAAACAGGAAUUCUUCCCUCAUGCUUGUAAACAUUCUACUCGGUGCUUGGUUUGGAGGAUAUGUCUUGGCUUCAACCGAUGGUCAACCUGGUUCUAUCAUCUUGGAAAAUCUCAAGGAAAAGCUUAAACUCAUCGAAGCAGAGAUUACGGAUCUUGAAAGAAUGAUUGAAGAGUCCGAAGAUUCUGAGCUGGUUACCUUGUUAAAAGAGAAGAUCGAUCGACUCAAAGAUCAGAAAGAGAACCUUGAGACUCUUAUAGAGGAUAUUCUUCAAGUCGAGGAACAGCUGCGCAAGAUUCGUGAGGAAGCAACCUCCGACAAAGAAGAAGCAAAGCGUAAGUUAGCAAUCAUUGGAAGAAAAAUGAUGGAAAAAGAGAGCUCCCAAGAAACAAGCCAUGGCGUAAACUCUUAGGAUGGGGGUUGCUCUUGCUGUUGGCGCCUAAAGCAACUAUGGGCUUUCCUAAAGCCAUUGAAGAAGUUUUCACGGGCUUGUGGGCUUUAUCAAUUAUCAUUCCUUGUGCCUUUUUACUCAUUGGCAAUACUAAUGAAUUGUUGGAGAAGGCUAAAAGCAUCCAGAAAAUGGUGGAUAAGCAGCUUGGCAAGUCACCAGCAAGGUCAAUGUGCCCUACGUGCCACAUCGAGCAUCCAUCAGUGUGCUGCCACUGCGGUUCGGAAUUAUCAGAUUUCUUGACCCCUUCAUACCAAGAGGGAGAUCCUCGAUGACUUUCACAGGUUCAAGGUCAUGCUUUGCCAAUAUCAAGAGAGGAGGAGCUAUCAGUGAAGGAGCUAGCGAAGCUUAAUGAGGCUGCUGCUUCUUAGAUCACUUUGGUGGCCGGCCUAUUGAGAUUUCGAUCAGCAAUGUAUCUUGGUCCCAGACUUCUGCAAUAUUGUGCGAAAUUUAGCUAUGUUUGAGAUUUUGAUUAUGAGGUAUUCUGUUAUCUGUCUUAUGUGUGAUGCCACCUAAAUUCAUGGGCCUGUCUGUUAGUUGCUUGCUCUGAUAAAUACAAAGACGAUUGCUAAUGCCAAUGAUACUGUCUGGCCGUCUCUCCAAUUA